GACUGUCCCAUAAAAAUGCAUUCCUUCAUACAGACACCUAUGAUUUUCCACCUCCUACCCUUUCUCAUUUUUGCAACCUUCCUUUUCCCUCUACUAGCCUUCAUCACCAUCCUGUCAUUCUGUCAUUUCCUUGUUUUUAGAUUAUUUUCAUAGAACCAAUUUAGAAGGAAAACAAGGCCCACUGUUUUACUACUACCCCAGUAUACUGAUUCAAAGCAACUGACUAAGAACAAAAAGGAAAAUUCAUUGAUUCAAUAAUGGAGUCAGUUAAAAAAGAAAAGCCCCCUCUUUCACCAGCACAAGGACAUGUGACAGUUAACCAGAGGAGAGGGGAGCCUGCCAUGGUACAUAUUUGCCAAUUGGAGCAGAGAUGCCACCUUGAAAUGAGAUCUGCUGAUGUAGGAGUCAGUCAAGUGACUAGACCUGGACAGCCCACACUCACUCGUAUUCCACCUCCUAUUCUGCCAAGGCCUUCACAACAGACUGGGAGCACUGCUCUGAGCACCUUCAGACCUGCAUACGGCAGCUCUUUUUCUUCAGGCUAUGGCACAUAUGGGAAUUCUUUUUAUGGAAAUUACAGCCCAUAUAAUUAUGGAUAUGGUGGCUUGGGAUACAGUCGUUUUCGAAUGGAUGAUAUUCCCACCAGUCGAUUUGUUCAGCAAGCUGAGGAAAGCAGCCGGGGUGCAUUUCAGUCCAUUGAAAGCAUAGUCCAUGCCUUUGCCUCUGUUAGCAUGAUGAUGGAUGCUACAUUUUCAGCUGUCUAUAACAGUUUCCGAGCUGUAUUGGAUGUUGCCAAUCACUUUUCCAGGCUCAAAAUACAUUUUACCAAGGUGUUUUCAGCCUUUGCAUUAGUCAGAACUAUAAGAUAUUUCUACAGAUGGCUGCAGAGAUUACUGGGUAUGAGAAGGAGCUCAGAGAAUGAUGAUUUGUGGGCAGAAAGCAAAGGAACUGUGGCCUGCAUUCGUCCAGAAGAUAAGGCAGCUAACUCUGCAAAAUCCUGGCCCAUCUUCCUAUUCUUUGCUGUGGUUUUAGGCGGUCCCUACCUUAUAUGGAAGCUACUAUCCACCUACAGUGAUGAUGAAACAGUUUCCAGUGACUGGGCCAGUGGAGAGGAUGAUCAUGUUGUUGGGAGAGCAGAAUAUGACUUCAAUGCUAUUUCAGAAGAAGAAAUUUCUUUCCGUGCAGGUGAAAUGUUAAAAUUGGCACCCAAAGAACGACAACCCAAGAUACGUGGUUGGCUUUUAGCUAGCCGUGAUGGUCAAACAACAGGACUCAUACCAGCUAAUUAUGUCCGAGUACUUGGUAAAAGAAAAGGGAAAAAAACCUUAGAGAUAGAGAAGAUUGCAGAGCAUCAAUCCUCAAUUAACAAUACCUCUCUGGGUCAAGAAAGCACAUCUGCUUGUUCUUUGGAGGAGCAAGAGGCUGCUUUUGAGUCUGUUUUUGUGGAAACAAACAAAACUCCUGUCAGAUCAAACUCUCCUCCUCUUAGUGGAAGUAAAGAAGAUUUUUGAUGCUUGAAGAUUUAUGGCUACUGGACUGCAUUCACCAAUAAUACUUUAGGGUAGACAUUCAGUAGUAAGCAGCAAAAUAUAGUUAUUGACAGUAUCCAGGUACAGUGCUAUUCUUAUCUGGUAACAUCAGUCAUAGGGAUGUUUGCCAUUGGCUGUAAACCCUUUUAGGUUCAUUGAACAUCAGGCAGUUGGGUAAAAUAUGCUAAAGUCCAUUGUGUGAUUGCAAACAUUGGUGACUGUAGGGUGAAAAUAUCAUCUGAUCUGAAGAAGCUGACAUUAAGGCUUCAGAUAGCUUUCUAUCCUGAAGCCACUUUUGAAGUCUAAAGCAAGGGUCUUCAAACUUGACAUCUUUAAGACUUAUGGACUUCAACUUCCAGAAUUCCUGUGUUAACAUGACUGGAGGAGAAAUUCUGGGAGAUGAAGUCCACAAGUCUUAAAGGUGUCAAGUUUGAAGACCCCUGGUCUAAAGAAUCUAUUCCAUAUAGUAGCAUUGUGGUGUAUUGAGAAAAACUGUUUUCAGAGGUUUUGAGUAUACCUUCUGUCUGUCAUUUUUGUACAUUUUUGUGAGAUAUAAGGAAAAUCUCUGAUUCAGGGAGAUAGCUAGCAAUAGGAAAACUUACAGGGUUGAAAUUAAUGUCUCCACAAGAUAGAAACAAAUAUUUGUAAUAUUCUUAAAAAACAAGAAAAAAGUCCAUCUAAUUGUAGUUCUAGGAUGUAUACUGAUAGAUCCAGGGGGUGGGAUCCUACUGGCAUAACAACCGGUUCGGGGAAUGCACGUAUGUAUGACAAACACGCGCCAAACGCGUGCCAAAUGCACACGUGCACAACCAGCUCCGGUGAGCAUUUACCUUCUCCAGCUGACAAACGGCACUCAGUUGUGCUGCGCAAAGCAGCUGAGGUAAAAGCAUAGGAAAAAGGACAGCCUAGAGCCCAGGCGGGUGGGUGGGCCAAACAGUGAACCGGUUUGGUGUCAGCUGCUCUUCAGAGCUACCGGUUCUAUAGAACUGGGCUGAACCAGUAGCAUCCCACUCCUGGAAAGAUCUCUUUUUAUAUGCUUCAUUAUGAAAACUGGGAUUUUUUUUAAAAAAAUUGCUUUAUAACAUUGUAUUUGAAGCCUGAUGUAAUCCUCUUAAUUUGGAUUGGAAGUUACUUGUUAUAUGUUAAAUGUCACUUGUUCUUCCAGAUAAACUAUGUAACAACUUCCCUUUAUCUUUUUACUGAAACAUGUUCUAUGAAGAAUACUUCAGAGGCUCAAGUUCAUCAUAAAUUGGCAAUAUCUAUGUGUUUUAAAGUUAAUUACUCCUGUCACAUGCAGUCUGAGCCUAAUGAUUGAUAAAAAGGAUAAAUACAUGUUUUUCUGUAGUUGGUUUCUUCACUUGCAAAUGCCAACUAUGUCAUUUCACUUAACAUUCUGCUUAGUAAAUCUGUAGUAAUUUUCUAGUAAGAAUAUAUCUAAAUUUUGUGAGGUGCUGCUUACAAAGCCAGAUUGAUAUGAAGAUGAAACUUCUGCUCAUAAAAAUCACAUUAAAUACUAUACUGAGACAUGCCAUUUGCAAUAGCCAGGAUAAAAAUCUAAGUUUAUUCUGAAGAAGCCUUGAUAAGUGAUAAACUAACUUAAGGGUGAAAUGUAUUAGAUGAAAUAUAUAGAUUUCUGAGUUGUGUAGUACUGAUAACUUAAAAUGUUUUGAACUUACAUUGCAACAAAAUUAUACACUUUUUUUUUCUCUAUCUUAGAAUAAAUUGAUUUCCAAAUUGAAAGAUACAAAUAGACAUCCUUAAUUUUAAAUCAAAACUCUUCUAUAGAUAUUUUAUUUGCAGUUUUGCUACAAAUCUUUUUUUAAGAAUUCUAAACUGUUUUGCAUCUUCAGGUAAAUCACAGCACAAAACAAAGAGCUCAAAUGAGAAUACCUUACACGGAAAUAUUUUUUUCACCAUAGCGUUUAUGCUAAGUCAAUUCGUUAAAGGCCUUAAAAAUAUUUUCUUUGAUCCUUUUCAUUUAGUGAAGAAGCAAUGCAGUAAUUUCUAAUUAAAAUACUUGAAUUUAUAAUUUGAUAUGAUUAGUAGCUGAAAGCCAGAAAAAUGUAAAAUUAGGAUUAGACUGAAGGUAGGUCAGGUCCGGAAUAAUCAUUUGCACUCAUUUCUUUAUUACUUACACGGUUAUAGGUUUUCAUGAAACACUGCAAUGUAAAUUGGUACAACACUUUUCCUCCAAAAAUGUACUAGGAAAUUUAAAUAAAGAUGUUGACAUGGAUCUACUACCUGAAAUCAGUUUUUCUUGCCUACUGAAACUAACAUCUGGUGGUGAAAAGGGUAGAUUCCAGAUUGUAACUGACCUUCAAAUCAAGGUUUAAAAUAUUUGAUUUUUCUGAUACUUUACUAUUAUAAAUGUGUUGAAUUCUAAUAAAAAGGAUUAUCCACUUUUA